UCCUUUCACUCCACGCGUUCCGAGCUGGUGCUAUGGCAACCGUUGCCCCCCGCUUGAUCUUCCGCGCUGUGGGUCAGGCCGCCCAAGGGACCCCAUCAGGCCGAGGCUGCUGCUGUCAUCUCCGUCAGGGCGCCCGCCGGCUCCACCUCAGCGCGUCAAGGAAUGAAGCUGUUGUCAUUUCGGGGAGGAAACUGGCCCGGCAGAUUAGACAAGAAGCCCGCCACGAAGUGGAGCAGUGGGUUGCAGCUGGCAAUAGAAGGCCUCAUCUGAGUGUGGUUUUAGUUGGUGAAAAUCCUGCAAGCCAUUCCUAUGUACUGAACAAGACCAAAGCAGCAGCUGAUGUUGGAAUCAGUAGUGAAACAAUACUGAAACCAGCCUCUGUCACAGAAGACGAGUUGCUUGAUUUAAUUGUUAAACUAAAUGAUGACACCAAUGUAGAUGGCCUGCUGGUGCAGCUCCCUUUACCUGAACAUAUCGAUGAGCGAAAGGUCUGCAAUGCUGUAAACCCUGAAAAAGAUGUGGACGGGUUCCAUGUAGUCAAUGUGGGUCGGAUGUGUCUGGACCAAUACUCCAUGCUUCCUGCAACUCCUUGGGGUGUGUGGGAAAUCAUCAAGAGAACUGGAAUCCCAACCCUGGGCAAGAACGUUGUUGUUGCUGGUCGAUCAAAGAACGUUGGCAUGCCCAUUGCAAUGCUUCUGCAUACUGAUGGCAGACACGAGCGACCUGGAGGGGACGCAACAGUCACCAUCUCUCACCGCUACACUCCAAAGGAACAGCUCAAGCAACACACCAUUCUGGCUGACAUUGUGGUUGCUGCUGCAGGCAUUCCUAAUCUGAUUACGGCAGAUAUGAUCAAAGAAGGAGCAGCCGUGAUUGAUGUCGGCAUAAACAGAGUCCAGGAUCCUGUUACUGCCAAACCAAAGUUGGUUGGAGAUGUGGAUUUUGAAGGUGUAAAGCAGAAAGCCAGCUACAUCACUCCAGUCCCUGGUGGGGUUGGCCCCAUGACAGUUGCCAUGUUGAUGAAGAACACCAUCAUUGCUGCAAAGAAAAUGCUGAGGCCACAGGAGCUCGAAGCUCUGACCUCUUAAUGGUGGACUUUUCAUGUCAAACAGCAACAUUCCAAAUCUCCCAGACACAGGCUGAGAACAAUGCAAUAUUUAUUUGCUGGAAUAUUUAUUUAAAGCAAUUGUGUUUAAAGGCAGCGAGCCUCCACCCUAAACCAAUGUGUGGUGAUUCCUACCAUUAAACUACUGCAUUUAAAUGCAGGAACCUAGUUGAGGAUAUAGAAGCUGGAUGCUGCUCUCUGAAAUCCAAGGGGGAGCCAUACCUUACGGGCCAAGAGUGAAUGUUCAUAUGACAAAAAUGUCUUAAGUGUCUACUCAGUGCAACUUUGACUGGCCAUCCUAAGAGAAUGUCCCUUAUUUCCUAUGAUUGCACAGCAGCUAUUCUGGAGUCAGAUGUUACUAUUGUUUUCUACAAGGCCUUAUUUGUAUUGCAUUUUAAUAGCUCUUGUAAAAAAGCAGUUUAUAACUUGUUUGAAUAUUUUAAUCUUACACAUUUGUUAAGGCUGAAACAUGCUUGAAAGCCAGCUAGCAUAGCAUUAAUCGUAAAAACUGGUCAAAGUUCUCCAUGCCUGCUCAGGAUUGCUCAGUUAUUAAUAUUGAUGAACAUUACAGGUUGCAUUUGAAUAAACAGAAGAUUGCGUUUGA